AUGUUAAAGAAUAGCGUCCUUAACGCCAGAUUGAAGCAGAAAAACACUUGCGCCAAAAGCAAAUUGCCUCUUGCCUCACCUGGGUUGCCGGUUCUUCAGAUUCAGAUGCUUCAGACUACUGGCUUCCGCUAUGGUAGUCACGAUGACCUCUACGUUGACAUCAAGAGGCCGAACUCGAAGGCUCGAAUCCCGAACCCGGGUCUUAAUGGUAUUCUAGAUAUCAACCCCGAACAUGUCAACUCGAUCCUCGACCUGGCUGAGCCGCUUGAGCGACUAAAGGAUGAGCUGCGUGAGUUUGGAGCGUCCAUCAAAAAUAUACUCCCGCCGAUCGCCAUUCGAGACAUCACCUGGAAGACGAUCUACAUAACACAUGGCAUCUUCGUGGGAUGCGAGCCGGACGAGUUCGAAGGCUACGAGGACAACGACUACCAUGAUGACCUCCGCUCACGUCGUUCAAGCUUCAGCACUUCCUUUUCCGACUCGGGGGAUUCAAAUGGAGUCGUCUUCGACAGAAACGAUCGCAAUUCUGUCGAAGCCCCAAUCGUGCUUGCUCUCGCCGAUUUGCCUUCCUUGACCACAUUUACGGAUCAGAACGGCACGAAGGAGCGCUCGGUGAUCUUCGCCAACGAAGUCUUUGAGAUCCGAAGAUCCCUCAAUACCGGCUGGGGUGCCUUCGCCCUCAAGGAACUUCACGAGGGCGACCAGAUCCUUGUCGAGAAGGCUUUAUACUACUCCAUUCACGAAAAUGUGGAGAAGUCGGUCCGGGGACUCUCGGAAAAGGAGCGCGCAAUUGCGAACGACAUGUACGCCUACUACAGUCGUGACGGAGAGACGCUUGAGGAAGCAAUCUGGAGCACGAACUCGUUCGUCACCCGUUUCCCGUUCAAACCUGACGCAGAUGAUAUCUCCAAGCACCGCCCAGGAUUCACUCAAGACGUAGCCGGCCUCUUUCCGGUUGCUGGUCGCUUCAACCACUCCUGCUCCCCAAAGAUCAGCUACCGAUUUCGACCCGAGCACAAGGCUCUGGUCUUCACCGUGAGCGACUGGAUCAUUCGAACUGGCGAUGAGUUGACCAUAUCCUACGGCAAAGAGCCACCCGUGCUGUACUACAAGUACGGCUUCAGCUGCGAGUGUGGCUACUGCGCAGGAUUUGACGCAAUAGAAUCUGAGUGGUGCUGA